AUGAGUACUUUACGUGAGCGACAACUGAAUGCUUUGAAGCAAAUGUUGAAUUUGAAUCAGCCUUUGACUAAGAGCGUGGCAUGUGAACCUACAUGGAAAGUGUUGAUCUACGAUAGAGUGGGCCAAGACGUGAUAUCUCCAUUGAUAUCUGUCAAGGAACUUCGAGAACUCGGCGUGACUCUGCAUGUACAACUCCACUCCGAUCGUGACCCCAUACCAGAGGUUCCCGCAGUAUAUUUCUGUGCACCAACCGAAGAGAACCUCGGUCGUAUAUGCCAAGACUUAGACAAUGGAGUCUAUGACCAAUACCAUUUGAACUUUAUCUCACCAAUAACAAGGCAGAAACUUGAAGACCUGGCAGCUUCAGCGAUUCAGUCAAAUUCUGCAGUAAAUAUUCAUAAAGUGUAUGAUCAGUACCUGAACUUCAUUUGUCUGGAAGAUGAUCUUUUUAUUAUGAAACAUCAGCAGUCUGAUUCUUUAUCUUACUAUGCCAUCAACAGAGGUGACACCAAGGACACAGAAAUGGAAGCUAUUAUGGACAAUAUAGUCGAAAGUUUAUUCUCAGUAUUUGUGACAUUAGGUAACGUUCCCAUAAUUCGAAGUAGUAAAGGUAAUGCCGCGGAAAUGGUGGCGAAAAAGCUCGAUAAGAAACUGCGUGAAAAUCUAUGGGACGCAAGAAAUAAUUUGUUCCAUGGUAACACUGGUCAAACUGGUUCCUUCAGUUUCACUCGACCGAUGUUGAUAUUAUUGGAUAGAAACAUUGAUAUGGCAACACCUUUACAUCACACUUGGACAUACCAGGCUUUGGCGCAUGAUGUGUUGGAUCUUUCUUUGAACAGAGCAGUGGUACCUGAAAACCAAAUGCCUACGGUGCAGGAUCAGAAAUCGAAGACGCGAGUAUGUGACCUGGACUCCAAAGAUCCGUUGUGGUCUGAACAUAAAGGCAGCCCUUUCCCAACCGUCGCCGAAGCUAUACAAGAAGAUCUUGAUAAAUAUAGGAGUUCAGAAGCUGAAGUGAAGAAAUUAAAGUCGUCGAUGGGUCUGGAUGGUGAAAGUGAUUUAGCUCUAAGCAUGGUUAGCGACAACACCCAACGACUGACGAGCGCCGUCAACUCCUUGCCACAACUCAUGGAGAAGAAACGGCUUAUUGAUAUGCACACCACUAUCGCUACUGCCAUCCUAAACUCAAUAAAAUCAAGGCGACUAGAUUCCUUUUUCGAAUUAGAAGAAAAGAUAAUGAGCAAGAGCAGUGGUAUUGAAAGUAAAGCGGUCAUGGAUCUUAUAUCGGACCCCAGCGCGGGGACCCCUGAAGAUAAGAUGCGAUUGUUCAUUAUUUAUUAUCUGUGCACAUCACAAAUACCUGAGGACGAGUACAAGAGAUUCGAGGCAGCGCUACAAGCCGCUGAAUGUGACAUCAAACCAAUGGCUUACAUGAGGCGAUGGAAAGGUUUCACGAAGAUGUCUAGUCAAUAUGAAGGUGGUGGCACCAAGACUGUUUCCAUGUUCUCCAAACUUGUGUCACAAGGCUCUUCGUUCGUUAUGGAAGGAGUCAAAAACUUGGUCGUGAAGAAACACAAACUACCAGUAAGCCGUACGGUGGAGGCGGCGCUCAGUGGAGGUGGUAGUGGUGAGGGUGCCGGGGAGCUGCUGUGGCUGGACCCUCGCGCGGCGCGGACUGACGCCGCCGCCCGAGCGCGCUCCGCCAAGCACUCGCCGCCCACCGAUGCCGUCGUCUUCCUCGUAGGCGGUGGAAACUACAUCGAGUACCACAACCUUAUUGAUUUUACUAAGCAACAAGCAACGAGCGGGACUUCCAGGAAAAUUAUCUACGGUGCGACUACUCUCCCGAACGCUUCGCAAUUCCUAAAACAACUGUCACUUCUCGGCGAGGAGAUACAGUAG